AUGGAGAAAAACCUCCAAAAGAUCAAAGCGGAGCUGGAGAGAGCGCGCCGAGAACGAAGAGAGAUAGAGGAAGAGAACAGAGAAUUGGAGCGGCGCAACAGAGAGAUGGAGGCGGAAAUCGAGCAGAGCCUGCGCCGAGAACGCGAGGCGAUACAACAACUGCGAAGAUCGAGAGAGAACCUGCGGCGACAAUACCAACUAAAUGUCUCCAUCCUGAACAGACAACAGGAUCAGCAGACAGAAUCAACCAUCUCUCAGCGAGACCACGAGACAGCAACGAUCGCUACGAGCACACCCAUCUCGGGUCGAGCCAGAUACCAAAUGGACAACGCGCAACCCAGCACAUCUGGCACGAGAGAGACACGGGAGCCGCAACCGGGUACAUCUGGCACGAGACGGGCACAGGACCCGCAACCCGGCACAUCCGGUGCAAGGAGAGCACCGAUCAACAAAAGGAUGUGGAGCAGCGACUCCGAGUCCGACGAGGACCCAUUCAAAAUGAUCAGCGCAGCAACAUGGAUCAGAAGGCGAAAGAUCCCGCCGAGACAACACCUGUCUAAAAAGGAGACUCACGAAGGACCGCGGGCCGAGCGAUUCAAAUCGACCCAAGACCCGCUGCACAGAGAGCGCGAUCCAAGAACGGGCCGCUUCGUAACAACGAAGACGAACAAAAGAACGCCCAGAGAUCAGGCGCACGUACUACAGGAGAAACUCGACGAGAUACUCCGGGAUUUAGGCGAACUCCAGCCACCCAAAAGAAGGAGGAGACAAGCAACACCUCCGGAAACAUCCGAGGACACAAACUCGGCGGAAAACGUGUCGGAGUCGUCGCUAGACGAAGACGAGCGACCAGCUGCAACCACUGAGACAAUAAUCGUCACCUCGAGCAAGGACAACCCGGAACCAACAAGCAGAUCCGCACAGUCCACCAUCACGGUAGACUCAUCCGAUAAAGCGGAUGUCAGCGACAAGCGGCAGACCUACUUAAGCCUGGUUCAAGCAUUCAUCGAGGCUGAACAGGCAUUCGAGCUGAUGCAACCAGAGGAACACCAUGGUCCCGACGAGAACGUUUCCAUCGACUCGGUAAACGGGGGCCGUGUAGCCGCGGACCGGCAACAGGAGAGCGCGGUCGACGUCUACCCGGAGACUGCGCGUGAGGGUGAGGAAGAGGCUCCAGUGCUGAAGGAUGAGCAACCCCAGGAAGGGGAACAACCGGAGUAA